AUCUCAAAAAAACCAUUAAUAAAAAUAGCAAGCAAAUAAAAAAGCACACAUUUGCACUAUUAUGUCCCACUUCAAAUAAUCCAUCACUUUCUUUUUUCAUUUUCUCACUUAUUAUCAUUUUCCCUCACUUUCUUUCAUCAUCUUCAUCUUCAAAGAAAUGUUACUAACAACUUUCUUCUUUCUCUUCACACUCUCUUCAACAACACCAACUAAAGUAACCUCACACUAUUCCUCCUCCUCUUCAGAACCAUCACCUUCUCAACAAACCUCCUCUCCUUCCUUCUCCGAAUGGCGAUCUGCACGUGCAACCUACUACGCCGCCAUAGAUCCACGUGACACAGUCGGCGGCGCGUGCGGUUACGGCGACCUAAAUAAAGCCGGUUACGGCAUGGCAACGGUUGGUCUUAGCGAAGCUUUGUUUGAACGAGGUCAGAUCUGUGGCGCGUGCUUUGAAUUAAGGUGUGUUGAUGAUUUACGGUGGUGUAUUCCUGGAACUUCGAUUAUCGUUACUGCAACUAACUUCUGUGCGCCGAAUUAUGCUUUUACGUCGGAAGAAGGUGGACACUGUAAUCCUCCGAAUAAGCAUUUUGUGCUUCCGAUUGAUGCUUUUGAGAAGAUUGCUAUAUGGAAAGCUGGUAACAUGCCUCUUCAGUAUCGGAGGAUAAAGUGCAGAAGGGAAGGCGGAGUCCGAUUUACAGUCACUGGUUCUGGUAUCUUCAUUUCAGUGCUGAUCAGCAACGUUGCUGGCCAUGGAGACAUUGUUGCGGUGAAGGUCAAGGGUUCGAGAACAGGUUGGCUUUCAAUGGGUCGAAAUUGGGGCCAAAACUGGCAUAUAAACGCAUUACUACAGAAUCAACCCCUUUCAUUCGAGGUUACUACUAGUGAUGGUAAAACAGUUACGGCUUACAACGUUGCUCCCAAGGAUUGGAGUUUCGGACAAACCUUUGAAGGCAAGCAAUUUGAUUAUUAAAAAGCCUAAUGAAGAAAACUUGUCUCCUUCCCUUUCUCACUCCCAAUUUUUGUCUACCUCAAUAUUAUAGAAAGUGUACUUACCUGCGGUGUUCUUUUAUAUUUUAAUUCUCUUGGUUUUGUAGAAGACAUGUAGAGUAGAUAUAGUAAUUGAUUUGGUGGUUUGUAAUAUUGUCAAUUUGAUGGUGUAACUUCCCAUCUAUUUUAGGAGUUUAUUGUAUGAAAAUAUACCUUAUUGGUCAACAACAAAACAAAGAGGAAUUAUUUUUAUUUUUUU